AUGGGAUUGCCCCAAGUUUCAUCCAGUGAAAACUCUGAGGAGGUCAGUACCUCACUCAACACAUAUGUCUACAAUGCAUCUCAAUUGGAUGGUGUUAGCAUGAGUGAUUUGGACGGGAUUCAUGUGGGAGCUUCGAGCCAAACACGCCAGGACUCAAUAUAUUCUUCUUUAGGUGACUUCCGAUGGAAAACCUCACUGGAGGUCUCAAAAUUUCCUGAUGAUGCGAUGAAGAAAGAGCAUUUGGAUGAUAAACCCAAUUUUCACGUGUCAAAUACUUGCGUCAAGGAACUGGUUGACUCAACUGCUAAAAGUAGACGGAAUAUUCAGGCUCCCGUUUCUAGGAUUGUUGGUUUCGAAUAUGAGAAGGAUGCCUUCUCUAAUGGAUUAGAUGAAGUAUCAGCGAAUCAUGUUCACACUGAUUCUGCCGGUGUCAUAUUGAAUCAUAUUGAGAUCAAUGGAUCUCUUGUUAGGAAGCGAAUGCUGUCUCCAUUGAAUAGGAUGCUUCUGUCUGAGCAAUUUAGGGGAGAUUUUUUAGAAACUGGCUGCAGAAAAUUUCAUCAUUGUUCUCAAGCGAAAGAUGAAAUAUGUAGUAUUUCUUUGUUGCAAGAUAAUAAAACAGAAAAUGUUGAUGGUAAAAAUCACUUCACAGCGCCAAUUUGGUCUGUGUCUAACUCUACAGUACGGAAUGAUAUGUUGUACAACUACAGUAGAUCAGCCUCCAUAUAUUUCAAGGAUGGCCCUAUAUUAGAGGACAAAGAACUACGCCAUUUUACAUAUGUGCCUUCAUCUAGGUUUAAUCCUUUGAUAGAAGCAGGUGAGGGCAGAUCAUGCUCCAGGACAACAUCAGAAGAGCAAAUCUCGCUCCCACUCUCUCGCUCUCCCCUAGGUCCAAAAUUUUCUAAUAGAACGAUAUCUGCAGGCCGUGGCAGGAAUAUCCGGAAAGAGACUAAAAUCUUAGGAAAUGUAUCUUAUUCUGCCGAGGCAAACUGCUCUGGCAUUAUCUUUCCCUCUGAAGAAGAUGGAUUUCAGAUUGCAAGCACAUCUUAUGAAGGUGUUAAUUAUCUUCAAAAAGAUGUUCAAUUUUCAUUGCCAGAAAAUAACACUGGAAUAAGUUGGCCUUUCUGUAGAAAUUCAAGGACCACUAUCAAUUGCAUGAAGUUGGAUAGAAGUUUAAGGGGAUGUCCAGUGAGAAGGCCAUUGGUUGGAUCAUUUGAGGAGUCGCUGCUGUCUGGGCGGUUGUCAUCUGGAAAUCUCAAUCAGGCAAUAGAUGGUUUUCUUGCCGUACUAAGCAUUGCUGGAGGGAAUUUCUCUCCCAAGUCACAGAAACUUCCAUUUGCAGUAACAAGUGUUAGUGGAGAUAGCUAUCUAUUAUACUAUGCAUCUAUAGAUCUUUCUGGAAAUUUGCAAUCAAACAAGUGCAGAGGGGAAAAUAUAGAGAGAUCCCUUGGCAGCGACGAUUCACAAAUUGGCAAGAAUCAUCUGCACAUUCCUACGAAAGGACGCAUCCAGUUGGUCCUGAGCAACCCUGAAAAGACGCCUCUUCACACCUAUUUCUGUAACUACGACUUAACCGACAUGCCAGCUGGUACCAAGACGUUCUUGCGUCAGACGGUCUCACUUGCUUCCCCAGGAUUGAAUUCUAUAAAUGGAAGAGGAGAGCAGUUAAGUAUUGAUAUAAAAGACGAUGACAAGGUUUCUUUAGUCCCCAAGAAAAGUCAUAUUGACCAGCCAGACAAUGGAAGACAAGUUUGUGGGCAUAAUUUAUGUUGGAAUGAUCAGGUUGACAUAUAUGUUGAAACUGAUGGAAAACAUGAACAUUCUUGUUCAAAGGUCAACAGAAAUGCCACAACUGUUGGUGCUUUACGUUAUGCUCUUCACUUAAGAUUUGUUUGUCCAUUCCCAAAAAAAUCUUCUAGGUCGGUCCAAAAAUCAGAACCUUUAUCAGCAACCGAAAGCAGAAUAGACAUUUCAGGGGAACGUAGAUUUUAUCUGUACAAUGAUCUGAAAGUUGUGUUCCCUCAACGUCACUCAGAUGCAGAUGAAGGAAAGUUGAAGGUUGAAUACCAUUACCCGGAAGAUCCAAAAUACUUUGCUAUCAGCAGCAGCUGA